AAGAAAAUCCUUAAAAGUCACGUUUGAUUCUCUCAAUUAUUUCUUCUUUAACAUAUCUUUUUAAUCAUUAUUAUUAUAAAAAUCAAAUCGCCAUUUAAAAACCCUCAAAACCACAUCAUACUCCAAACCCCAAACCCAUCAUUUCAAACACACCAAAAAACAAAAUACCAUUGUCCAAAACAGAGUAUGAGAAACGGAGGACAAAACCAAAACAAGUUCUUGAGAAUCAUCUCAACACCUUUUAGAGUUUUAGGCAAGGCUUACGUGAGAAGCAUCACUGGUUGUGCUGCUCGGACUCAGUAUCCCUCCUCCUCCUCCGCCUCCACUGCUUUUCCAAGAAGCAAGAGCUCUUCCUCCGCCGCCUUCUCCUCCUCAGCAUCUACUCGGAGAACAACUGAUUUCGGGAUAGAUGAUGAUUACAGCGAGCUAGUGAGAGCAGCGUCGGUUAGGAGUUUAGGACACAAGAACGAGAUAGACAUGUUGAUACAAGAGAAGGUGAAACAAGAGAAGCUUCAACAAGAGAUGCAGAAGAAGAUGAAGCAUGGAGGGUUGCCAAAGAGCUCGAGCGUAGGGAUGGCGAGGAUAGAUGAGGAUGAAGAAGGAGAGGAAGGAUCUGUGAAUCCGAAGACGACUAAGAAAGUCUCUGAGCUUUUGUAUCCUCGUAGCAAAUCUUAUGCUGUUACUGGUAGCCCUAAGUUUUAGUUAUUUUUUGUUUGUUUGUUUCUUUUUAUUUUAGUAAUUUGUGGAUUGAUUUUUGAUAUAUUUUUAGUUCUAUUUUCUGCAACAAAGAAAUAAUGAUAGAAGUCUCGAUAAACUACUCUCGAUUCAAACCCAGGUUUUGUUGAUGUGUGUCGCAAAAAAAAAGAAGUUCAAUAUGUAAAUACGACUUUCACCGCAUUUUUUGCAUUUUUUCAUGUUAAGUUUUGAAGUUCUGAAGUUAGUUUUAGUUUGUAUUUUAUAUUUUUUUGGGGGGGAGGGGGGAUGCAUUAUGUCAUUCUAACACGCCUUAAUUCAACAGGGUUGUUAAUUGUAUACUAAUUUUCUUACCAUAAUUAUGACUGGUU